AUGAUCCCCGAGAAGAUGCGGCAGCUGCUGCCAGAGGUGGAGCUGGCUCCCAGCGUUAUCUCCAUCCUGCUCUGCAGCUCCACCGUGGCCUUCCUGGUGCUCAAGUGGAUGGUGAAGAAGCUGGUGCAGCAGAGGAUGCGGGAGGCAAGGAGGAACCGAGUGCGUGCCCUGGGCCGGAUGGAAGAAGCUGUCCAGCAGUUCAAACAAGAGAACCCAGAGGUACAGGCCAGUCACAUCCUCUCUCUGCCGCUUGUUGAGCUGGUCAAGAAACUGAAGGAAGAUUCCCUGUCACCAGACAGCGUCCUCUACACGUACUUGGACAAGGCCUUAGAAGUGAACCGGGAUGUGAACUGUGUGACGGAUUUUAUUCAAGAGUGUGUGCACCUGCUCCAGGAAGUGAAGACGCAAAGGGAGAAAGGGUUGUUGAAUGGAGUUCCCGUCAGUAUCAAGGAUUCCAUUGGAUACGAGGGUCACGUCUCCACCUGUGGCUUGGGACAGUACCUUGGCUACCCGGAGCGAGAGGACAGCGUCUUAGUGAAGGUGCUGAAGAAGCAGGGGGCCAUUCCGUUUGUGAAAACCAACAUCUCCCAGUGCUUGAUCAACUACGACUGCAGCAACUUGAUCUUUGGUCAGACUGUGAAUCCACUGAACCACAAGAAAAGCCCCGGCGGCUCCUCUGGAGGGGAAGGGGCGCUGAUCGCUGGAGGAGGGUCCGUCCUGGGCUUUGGGACAGAUAUAGGUGGGAGCAUCCGCCUGCCGUCCAGCUUCUGCGGGCUGUGCGGGCUCAAGCCGACGGGCAACAGGCUGAGCUCCCUCUCUCUAAGUCUACAUGUGUGUUCUUUUACUUCAGUUACAGGAAUGGUCGGGCCAAUGGCAAGGGACGUGGACAGCCUGACUCUGUGCAUGAGAGCACUCCUGUGUGACGACAUGUUCCGCCUGGACCCCACUGUGCCACCCCUGCCCUUCAACGAGGAGGUGUACUCCAGUUCCACUCCUCUUCGGAUCGGGUACUAUGACACAGACGGCUAUUUCCUGCUACCUCCUUGCAUGAGACGGGCUGUGCAUGAAACCAGGACAUUGCUGCAGGAGGCUGGACACACGGUGAUCCCAUUCGUCCCCCCACGGAUCGACUAUGUCAUGAACGAGCUCUUCAUGAAGGGCCUGUUUGCCGAUGGAGGCGCUGCUUUGCUUGAGAAAUUUGAACUGGACACUGUGGAUCCCAACUCCUGCUCCCAGAUCAAUUGCUACAGACUCCCCUUUCUCCUGAAGAAGAUUCUGGCUUUCCUCACCAAACCCCUGUUCCCUCGAUUCUCCAGUUAUUUGAAUGCACUGUGUGGAGUGUGGUCGCCGAAAGAAUUCUCGGAGCUGCAUGCUGCAUUGAUGAUAUACCGACGGGAAUUCCUCUCCAGAUGGAGAAACCUGGAUCUGGAUGUCAUCCUGUGUCCUGUGUUAGGCCCUGCCUUCACCUUGGGGUAUCCUGGGAGACUCAUUGCUGCUGUUUCCUCUACCAUGUUGUACAACGUCUUAAACUUCCCUGCUGGGGUUGUGCCGGUCACCACCGUUACGGAGGCUGAUGAGGAAAAUCUGAAGCAUUACACAGGGCACUACGGUGACCCCUGGGAUAGGAGAUUGAGACAGGCUGUGAAAGGAGCCGUGGGGCUGCCCGUGGCGGUGCAAUGUGUGGCUCUGCCGUGGCAGGAGGAGCUGUGCCUUCGGUUCAUGAAGGAAGUGGAGAGACUGGCCCAGGGGCAGAAGAAGCAAACAGAGGAUUAA